AUGGAGGGAAAUAAACAAAUCGAAAGUCUUCGUCAACUGUAUACAAGUCGAGAGGGAAGGCUUGCACCCUUUUCUUGGUGUGAACAAUUCUACUUUCAUCUUGACGAUAUAUUUACACUGCUCGUUAUGGUGAGCAAGGAGAAAGAAGCAAGAGGAACAGGAGCACGCAGAAAUCUUGAAUUUACCGAAAUAUUCCAAGCACAUAAAGAAUGCGAAGAACCGAAAAAAGUGUUCAUUGAGGGAAAGCCUGGUAUGGGAAAGACAACGUACUGCAAUAAGCCUGUUUACGACUGGGCCACAAAGAGAGACAAAUCAGGAGGCUGUUUCCCGGAUUUUCAGUUAGUUCUAUUACUACGAUGCCGCGACAUUGACGUGGAGUCCAACCUUUGGGAUGCUAUUGAUGACCAGCUCCUUCCUCGUGGAAUUCAAUCAGAGGACAGAGAGAAAUUCAUGAAGUUCAUUCAAAACAACCAAUCAAAGGUUUUAAUGGUAUUCGAGGGUUUGGAUGAGUUACCUAAAAGCAGACUGCCGGAGUUCAUUGCUGAAAUCAUUCAGGGUAGAAUGCUUCCCGGUUGUCACUUGGCAGUUACAGCGCGACACGAGGCUGGGAUACCUGUGGGAAAAGUCUGCGAUACUCUUGUGGAGAUUGAGGGAUUCAAUCCUGAAGAUGUCAAAAACUUCAUAUUAAAAUACUUCAAAGGCAAGAAUGGUUUGUCCAGAAAGCUAUUACACAAGCUAGAGAGCGAUAGUAGUCUCAGAGAGAUGUCGACAAAUCCUUUUAACACUGCACUACUUUGCCUUCUUUGUGAAGAUUUUGAUGGUGUUUUACCUGAAGGAAGGACUCAGCUGUACUUACAAAUAGUGCUCUGUGUUCUUAUGAGAUACAGGGGAAAGAAAGGCUUACCAGAAGAUAAUAAAGACCUAACUGAACUAUACAAAGAUCAGUUGAAACACCUUGGCUCGAUACCACUAAAUGGGCUACAUGAGGAAUGCAUGUACUUUGGUAAAAAGCAACUUGGACAACAACAUAGUGACCUACCUGGAUUCGGAUUUCUUUCAGUUCAGCCCGGAAGCAAACUACGACCGUUCGAUGAGUGUUACGGCUUUACGCAUAAGACUUUCCAAGAAUUUUUUGCAGGACAUUAUCUUUGGUGCCAGCUUGUUAGCCAAGAAAUCACCCCUCAAACAUUAGUCUGUGAGGCAAGGUAUUUCCGGAAUAUGCGACAGGUCCUACUAUUUACCUGUGGUUUGCUAGCCUUGCGAUCCGAAGAAAGUGUAGAAGCACUUAUAAGCGCCAUAGCGAAUAAAGUCAACAAAGGAGAUUUAACUGAAUUGUUACCUGUUGCACUGGAGUGUAUUAAAGAGUGUAAAAAGGGAGGCAGUAAUCUUCACUUACAGCUUGCACGUACCUUUGGUUCAAGUCUGACGGUGCAAAAAGCUUAUCUAGGGGGAGAACGGAUUGAUGUUGCUGCUGCUGAAGUGCUUGGUGCCGCACUUGGAACAAACACAACUCUGAAAGAUUUGAGUUUGUCUCUCAAUACACUUGGUCCUGAUGGUGCUAAGUCACUUGCUGACAUGCUUAAAACCAACACAAUUCUAACAGAUUUACAUUUGUCUACCAAUGACCUUGGUCCUGCUGGUGCUGAGUCACUUAUUGCGGCACUUGGCAAAAACACAACUCUAAAAAAUUUGGAUUUGUCGGCUAAUGAACUUGGGCCUGCCGGAGCUGAGUCAGUUGCUAAGGCGCUUGAGAAAAACAGAACUCUUAGAGCACUGAAUUUGUCUGGUAAUAACCUUGGAUCCUCUAGUGCGGAUUCACUUUCCACCGCCCUUGAAACAAACACAAGUCUCACGGCGUUAAAUUUGUCUGGUAAUAACCUUGGUCCUGUUGGUUCUCGGUCAUUUGCUGCUGCACUGAAAAUGAACUCUGACGGAGUUGAAUUUGUCUGGCAAUAAUAUUGGUCCUACUGGUGUAGAGUCACUUGCCGCCAUCCUUGGUGUUGCUGGUGGGGAGUCAGUGGCUGCCAACCUUACAACAAACAAAACUCUAACAAAUCUGGAUUUGUCUGCCAAUUACCUUGGUCCUCCUGGUGCUGAGUCAGUUGCUGCUAUGCUAGCAACAAACAAAACUCUGAUCAAUUUGGAUUUGUCUACCAAUGGCCUUGCUCCCGCCGGUGCGGAGUCACUUGCCGUGGCGAUUGAAACAAACACAACCCUGAAAGCAUUGAAUUUGUCUCGCAAUAACCUUGGUCCUACAGGUGCUGAUUCACUUGCUGCCGCGCUUGAGAUAAACAAAAGUCUGACGGUAUUGAAUUUGUCUGGCAACAACCUUGGUCCUGAAAGCGCUCAAUUAUUUUCUGUCGCACUGGAAGCUAACAAAACUCUGACAGACUUCAAUUUAUCUAGCAACAACCUUGGUCCUGCUGGUGCUGCGUCACUCACCACCGCACUUGAAAUAAAUAAAACUCUCACAUAUUUAGAUUUGUCUUAUAUAAAUGACCCUGGUCCUGCUGGUGCUGAGUCACUUGCAGCUGCGCUUAAAUCAAACAUAACUUUGACAGGGUUAAAACUGUCAGGCAAUAACCUUGGUCCGACUGGUGCUGAGUCCCUUGCUGCAGCACUUGAAACAAAUAGAACUCUGACAAAGUUGAAUUUGUCUGACAAUGUCCUGGGUCUUACUGGUGCCGAGUCUUUUGCUACCAUUCUUGAAACAAACGCCACUUUGACGGAUCUGGAUUUGUCUUACAAU